AUCGUCAACUCCUAGUCAUAUCAAUAAAAUCUCAAGAAGUUGUUUCCUCUUCGCCCACCUCUGUCUUUCUCUCUCCUAGCUCGAUUCCAAGUAUAAAUCAAAAACCCACACUUCCCCUCAAUCUCCCCAUCUCUCUAUCUCUUUCUCUCUCCUCCCCGAAAAUCCACUUUGGCAAUCCGGGUGUUUUCCGCAAAUUCCCAAACCCAAUUCAAAGUUCUUCUUCUUCUACUUUUUGGGAGGGAAACUAAAACCCCUUAAUUUUUUGAAUUAACCCCAAAAAUGUCAGGCAAAGGAGCGAAGGGUUUGAUUACUGGCAAAUCUUCCGGAUUGAAUAAAGACAAAGAUAAGAAAGCCCCCAUUUCUCGUUCUUCUCGUGCUGGUCUUCAGUUUCCUGUGGGUCGUGUUCACCGUCUGCUCAAGACUAGGGUAACUGCAAAUGGGAGGGUCGGUGCAACUGCUGCUGUUUAUACUGCAGCCAUACUCGAGUACCUGACUGCUGAAGUAUUGGAGCUUGCAGGAAACGCAAGUAAGGAUCUGAAGGUGAAGCGUAUCACUCCUAGGCAUCUGCAGCUGGCUAUCCGUGGAGAUGAGGAACUUGAUACACUGAUCAAAGGAACUAUUGCUGGUGGUGGAGUUAUUCCUCACAUCCACAAAUCUCUCAUUAACAAGUCAUCUAAGGAUUAGACCUUAUUUAUAUGAUUAUCUGGUGCUAAAUAUCUGCAGUUUCAUGCAGAACCCUCAGAAUGGAUGUGAUUCUGACAGAGACCCUUUAAGUAGGUGCCUUUUUUUUAAAAUGUUUGAAUCAGCCACAGGAUGGUGAUUGUGUUACUGAUGUGUUCUGUAGGUGUACUUGAGUAGUUUAUAAUUUCAUUCUGUGGAUUAUCCGUUUAGUUGCCUAGCUUGCUAUCAUAAUAACCUUAUGCUGUUCGAUUUACGCGUUGCCAUUUAUCAAUUCUAUCAUCAAUUGUUAGUUGUUACGUGAUUUA